CCCCCCACGUGUCCGGCGGAGUUUCUCCAGCAGGAACAUGGCCGCUGCCUGAUAGAAGACCCGGCCGCCGCCGUCUCUGCAGCCCGCGGGUCCCUGGGCCGUUCCGCCGCCCGCGCGCGGCCCCGGCGGAGAGAUCGAGUUGAGGACUGUGAGGUGGGCUCCCUAGUAUGGCCAAUGAAGAAGAUGACCCAGUCAUACAGGAGAUCGAUGUGUACUUGGCUAAAAGUCUGGCAGAGAAGCUGUAUCUCUUUCAGUAUCCUGUGCGUCCUGCUUCAAUGACCUAUGAUGACAUUCCACAUCUCUCAGCCAAGAUCAAGCCCAAACAGCAGAAGGUAGAGCUUGAGAUGGCCAUCGACACCCUGAAUCCCAACUACUGCCGCAGCAAAGGGGAGCAGAUCGCACUGAACGUGGACGGUGCCUGUGCUGACGAGACUAGCACAUAUUCCUCAAAGCUGAUGGACAAGCAGACCUUCUGCUCCUCCCAGACCACCAGCAACACAGCUCGUUAUGCCGCUGCACUCUACAGGCAAGGUGAGCUCCACCUGACACCUUUACAUGGCAUCCUACAGCUUCGGCCCAGCUUCUCCUACCUUGAUAAGGCAGAUGCCAAGCACCGAGAGAGGGAGGCAGCCAAUGAGGCUUGCUUUGCAGCAGGGGAUUCUUCUCAGGACGAGGCAGAAGAAGACGUUAAGCAGAUCACGGUACGGUUCUCCAGGCCAGAGUCCGAGCAGGCUCGCCAGCGCCGCGUGCAGUCCUAUGAGUUCUUGCAGAAGAAGCAUGCAGAAGAACCCUGGGUCCACCUGCACUACUAUGGCAUGAGGGACAGCCGCUCAGAGCAUGAGCGCCAGUACCUGCUGUGUCAGGGAUCCAGCGGGGUAGAGAACACGGAGCUCGUCAAGUCACCCAGUGAAUACCUCAUGAUGCUCAUGCCGCCCAGCCCAGAGGAGGAGAAGGACAAGCCUGUGGCUCCCAGCAAUGUCUUAUCUAUGGCCCAGCUGCGUACAUUGCCUCUGGCUGAUCAGAUUAAGGUCCUGAUGAAGAACGUGAAAGUCAUGCCCUUCGCUAAUCUCAUGAGCCUCCUGGGCCCCUCUGUGGACUCUGUGGCUGUUCUACGUGGCAUCCAGAAGGUGGCGAUGUUAGUCCAAGGAAACUGGGUGGUAAAGAGUGACAUCCUGUAUCCCAAGGAUUCUUCCAGCCCUCACAGUGGCAUGCCUGCUGAGGUGCUCUGCAGGGGCCGAGACUUUGUUAUGUGGAAGUUCACACAGAGCCGAUGGGUGGUAAGAAAGGAGGUGGCAGCAGUGACCAAACUCUGCGCUGAGGAUGUGAAGGACUUUCUGGAGCACAUGGCUGUAGUGAGAAUCAACAAAGGCUGGGAGUUCUUACUGCCUUACGACCUGGAGUUUAUCAAGAAGCAUCCAGAUGUGGUCCAGCGGCAGCACAUGCUGUGGUCGGGCAUCCAGGCCAAAUUAGAAAAAGUCUAUAAUCUCGUAAAAGAAACCAUGCCAAAGAAGCCGGAUGGACAAUCAGCGCCUGUUGGUCUGGUCUCUGGGGAACAGCGGGUCCAAACAGCCAAAACCAAGGCCCAGCAGAACCAUGCCUUCUUGGAGCGUGAACUGCAGCGACGGAAGGAGCAGAUGCGGGCAGCCACAGUCCUGCCCAGCGUGCAGAUCAAGGAGGAACCCCUGAGUGAGGAGGAAGCCGAUGGGGCUGAGCUGGAGGCUGAGGAAGAGGAGCCCAUGGACACUGCACCCAGCACUUGCCUCAGCACCAAGUUGGCCAAUGGGCUGCCUGCUGGGCGGGCAGUGGGUGGGGACAGCCUAAAUGGACACCCAGUUCCAGGCUGUGCCAGCAACCCGGUUGCCUGUGAACUGAAGGCUUUUGUGGAAGCCACCUUUCAGAGACAGUUUGUGCUCACGCUGAGCGAACUCAAGCGCCUCUUCAACCUGCACCUGGCAGGCCUGCCCCCGGGCCAUAUACUCUUCAGUGGCGUCUCAGACCGAAUGCUACAGGAUACGGUGCUGGCCGCUGGCUGCAAGCAGAUACUGGUGCCUUUUCCCCCACAGACUGCUGCUUCCCCUGAUGAGCAGAAGGUAUUUGCCCUCUGGGAGUCUGGAGACAUGAGUGACCAGCAUCGGCAGGUUUUGCUUGAAAUAUUUUCCAAAAAUUACCGAGUACGUCGGAACUUGAUCCAGUCUCGGCUGACUCAAGAAUGUGGAGAAGAGCUAAGCAAACAGGAGGUGGAUAAAGUGCUAAAGGACUGUUGUGUAAGCUGUGGUGGCAUGUGGUACCUUAAGGGGACAGUACAAUCCUGACAAUAGGAGCAAACUGCUAACUCGACGAAUCCAAGCCCAGGGAAGGAUGGCAGAGCCACACGUAGUCUUGACUUGCCUCAAGACACAGGAAGAGGAUCUGCCUACCUGGUGGCCUGUGGCGCUGCCUGGCCCAGAGGACAGAGGGGCUCAUGCUCAGCCAGUGGCAGGGUCAGCGUAAGUGAGAGCGCUCCCAGCAGAGACCAGCGGGCCUUCUUUGCAGUACAAUUUGAAAUUCCUGAUGUAUUUUGCUUAUUGGGUUUCAUUCUCAUAAUAAAGAGAGUGUACACUGACAUGGGCAGGAUUACGAAAAUCAUGGUUUAAUAUUUUCCUCUUUUAAAUGAAUGCCAACAUAGUUAAAGAUAUGUUUACAAGAUGAAGAGAACCUUAAGGUUUUUAAUAUUUAAAAUGCCUAGAAGCCAAUAAUUAGUCUUAGAGUUUCUCUCUGCUAAGACUCCUGCCAAUUUUAUUAAACCAAAUUGAACAUUUUACUGUUGGGUUUCUGAGGCCACUUUACCUUUAUAGCAGCCUGCUUUCUGUAGCGGUCUCAACUGUUUACACAAACCAUAGCAAAACAUUAGAUUAACUCCAUCUUCUCCUAAUGUUUGCAUAAAGGUGCAAACUAAACCAGGUAAGUGUGGAACAGUAUAUAAGCGAGGUUAUCACUUUGAUGUAAAAAAAUCUAUUUUGUGUAUUUUUAAAAUAAAUGCUAACACUAAACUGGCGUCAUAGUGCUGCUGUCCUCAGAUAGUUGCAGGAAGAAAAUGUGCUCUGUGCUUCCAAAGCGUUCAGUACUAAAUGUCCUCUGUGCUUCCAAAGCGUUCAGUACUAAAUGUCCUCUGUGCUUCCAAAGCGUUCAGUACUAAAUGUCCUCUGUGCUUCCAAAGCGUUCAGUACUAAAUGUCCUCUGUGCUUCCAAAGCGUUCAGUACUAAAUGUCCUCUGUGCUUCCAAAGCGUUCAGUGCUAAAUGUCCUCUGUGCUUCCAAAGCGUUCAGUACUAAAUGUCCUCUGUGCUUCCAAAGCGUUCAGUACUAAAUGUCCUCUGUGCUUCCAAAGCGUUCAGUACUAAAUGUCCUCUGUGCUUCCAAAGCGUUCAGUGCUAAAUGUCCUCUGUGCUUCCAAAGCGUUCAGUACUAAAUGUCCUCUGUGCUUCCAAAGCGUUCAGUACUAAAUGUCCUCUGUGCUUCCAAAGCGUUCAGUGCUAAAUGUCCUCUGUGCUUCCAAAGCGUUCAGUACUAAAUGUCCUCUGUGCUUCCAAAGCGUUCAGUACUAAAUGUCCUCUGUGCUUCCAAAGCGUUCAGUACUAAAUGUCCUCUGUGCUUCCAAAGCGUUCAGUACUAAAUGUCCUCUGUGCUUCCAAAGCGUUCAGUACUAAAUGUCCUCUGUGCUUCCAAAGCGUUCAGUGCUAAAUGUCCUCUGUGCUUCCAAAGCGUUCAGUACUAAAUGUCCUCUGUGCUUCCAAAGCGUUCAGUACUAAAUGUCCUCUGUGCUUCCAAAGCGUUCAGUACUAAAUGUCCUCUGUGCUUCCAAAGCGUUCAGUACUAAAUGUGCUCUGUGCUUCCAAAGCGUUCAGUGCUAAAGAGAGAAGGGGGCCAUCACACCGGGUCAUGUCCAUCUGUUGCUCACCUUGACCUUGUAAGAUUGGUCUGAUAGACUGGUCUGCUCACAUUGCUCAGGCCACCACACACAUAGGGACUGAGUGGCCUUAGCUGUGCUGCAGACACGGAAGCGGAAGGAAAGAAGGAUGGGAAGUGAACACCAACUUCUUAAGAAGGGAAGUGAGCUAGCGCAGCAAACUCCUUCUGUGGGAGUUACAUGAAAAUAGUUUUUAAAAAUAGAUAUUAAUGUACUUCAGACCCAAAUAUUUAAAAUCAAAAUGUAAUAAAGUUUUUUUUUUUAAACUAA